GCUGCUCGUUUGUAAACGCGCUUGGCACCGCCCUUCCUGGCUGGGUGGGUGGUUUCGUCAAACGAGCAGAUCCGCUACGGCCCAGAGCCGAACAUAUAGGCCGUCCUCCGCCUCCGUACCCGGCCGGCCUUCUACCGUGAACUACACCCUCUCCCUCUCGGUAUAUUAAUGCGUUAUGAGUGACUCCAAGAAGGAAUCAGCUGGAACUGAAGGAGGGAAAGCAUCUAAACGGGGUAAAAGUUCUGGAUCGCAGGAUUCCUCGCAGCCCUCUCCGUUGGCUCUGCUAGCAGCCACCUGCAGUAAGAUCGGAGGGCAGGGGGGAGCGGAGGGAGCCCAGGCCCAGCAGAUCCAGGUCCAGGCUGGUCAGAUUCAGCUGCAGGCAGGUCAGCUUCAGGGACAAAUAUUGGUGGACGCCGCUGGGGGUCAGGCCCUGGUGCCUCAGCAGCUAGAACUGGUCCCGGCUCAGUUUACGGGCAACGGCUGGCAGAUCAUCGCCGCAGCUCCUACCAUGGCCAAGGAGAACGCCAGUCAACCUGUUGCUGUGACCGUGGCCACCACUCUGGCCAAUGACAGCUCUCCUGGUGGGCGCAAGUUGAAGGCAGCAGGUGGGAUCAACAGCAUUCCAGCCAGUCAGCCGCCGCAGCAGCAAUUCCAGAUCAUCCAGGUGCAGAACCUGCCCAAUGCUGGAGGUGGUGUACAGUAUCAGGUUAUCCCCCACCUGCAAACUGCAGACGGACAGCAGAUUCAUAUCAACCCCCAGCCGGCCUCCAUCGGAGCUCUGUCUGAGCAGGUUCAGCUUAUCCAGACCCCAAACUCAGGCCAGACCCAGGCUAUCCUCCAACCAGCCAAUCAGCAGACUAUUCUACCAAGCACAGCCAAUCAGACAGUCCCACUGCAGAUCCGUCCUGCACAGUCGUUCCCACUUCAGCUGCAGGCGCUGCAAGGCUCCCAGACCUCAGUGAUGACCACGGUCCCCAUAAACCUUGGUGGCAUGACCCUGGCUUUGCCUGUGAUCAACAAUGUGGGAGGGGGCGGGGCUGUGCAGCUUAUCCAAUCAGCAGAUGGCACAUUUUCCGUUGCUAAUGGCAACCAGCUGGUAACAACAGCAGUGUCGGGAGGGGCUUCUGUUCCAGCUGCGACUGGAUCAACGCUGACCGCAGCUGAAGGUGACGCAGCGACUGAGGGGGUUCAGGUGGUUUCUGCUGGACAAGAAGGUGGAUCAGCUGACCCCAAAGCUCAGACCAGUGAAGCUGACUCUCAGAGCCAGAACCAGGCAAAUGGGCUCCAGAGCCAGUCAGACUCAGCAGGAACCAUCCAACAGGUGAUCGUGGGCCAGGUGGGGCACCAGUUGGUACAGCAGAUCCAGCUGCAACCUCAGAGCCAGGGUCAGACACAGGGCCAGCAGCAGCCCCAACAUAUUCAGACACUCCAGCUGGCCCCAGGACAAACCCUGCAGCAGAUUCAGGCCUUCCAGAACCCAGCCCAGGUUCUUAUUCGUGCUCCGACCAUGUCACCCUCUGGCCAGAUCACCUGGCAGACUCUUCAGCUGCCUGGAGGGGUCUCCCUGCAGGGAGGUCUGGGGACAACCGUACCACAGCAGCUAACUUUGACCCCUGUGGCCGGUGGGACGGCAGCGGGGAGUGGAGGGCUGGUCUCCCUGAGUGGAACUCCGCUGACGCUGAGUGCAGCUCAGAUUAACCCAGGCUCAGGAGUGCAGACGGUCAGCAUCGCAGGACUGGGCACAGCUGGAGUUCAGGUACAGGGUGUACCUGUAACCAUCACCGGUCUACAGGGUCAACCACAUGGUCAAGACGGGGUCAAAGUUCAGUCUUCUCCUGUGACUGUCACCGUUGGCAAUGUGGCUUCAAGUUCAUCACUGAGUCCAGACCAGCUGGGCUCUGUUCAGAGUUCUUCAGACCAAGAGGGGCUGCCCAGCAAGAGGCUCAGACGCGUCGCCUGCUCUUGUCCAAAUUGCAGGGAUGGAGAAGGAAGGAACAGCGGAGACCCCACAAAGAAAAAGCAACACAUCUGCCACAUGGAGGGCUGCGGGAAGGUGUACGGAAAGACCUCCCACCUGAGGGCCCACCUGCGCUGGCACACUGGCGAGAGGCCGUUUGUCUGUAACUGGAUCUUCUGUGGCAAGAGGUUCACCCGGAGCGACGAGCUGCAGAGACACCGGAGAACACACACAGGGGAAAAGCGCUUUGAAUGCCCCGAAUGCUCCAAGCGCUUCAUGCGCAGCGACCACCUCUCGAAGCACAUCAAGACCCAUCAGAACAAAAAGAGCGGCGCCGCCGUGGCAAUCAUUACCACUGACGACUUGGAGGAAGACGCCCCCGAGGGCCUGCCCGACUCCCCGCAGAUCGUCUCCGUGGGAACCCUGACUCGGGACUCCGAACCUGCCACGCCCACCACCUCCAAUCACCUGGAGGAAGAGGAGUUUGAAUAGACAAAUCGAAGGCCAACCUCCUCUUUGUUGACUGGAGGGUUUUGCAGGGACUGUAAGGUUUUUUUUUUUUUUUUAAUUUAUUAUUAUUUUACAUGAAUUUACAAAAUUCUUCACUCAUAAAAGAUGCAGAAAGGAGACGAGAACAUGUAAUGAAUAUGAAAAAAUAUAAUUACAAUCUAAGGAAAAAUAAAUUUACAUAUAACAAAAACUUAAGACUGUAUGAAGAGAUUAGUUUGGCAUUUAUAAAAUUAAUCUAUGAAAUUUCCGUGUGCAGUGGGGGGAGGAAUGUAAGUCGAUGAGCACAAGACAGGGGGACCUGGCAAAUCGAAAACCAUCCAACACCAAGAGGCAUUUCCUAACAGAUUCUAACUCUAUGCACAAAGCUGUGUUCCUGUUUCAUACCUGUCAGACAGUGCUGAGGUCAAUCACGGUACAGGAUGGUUGUAGAGAAGCGGCAGAGCUGGGGCAGCUUUGGGACGUGUGUGUGUGCGUUUGUAAAUGGAACGAUUGUGUUUGUACUCCCACGCUGUCCCGCUCAGGAUCUACCUAAAAUUUUAUUUUUGGUUCAGGUUUAGUCCUCAGAGGAGUUUCAAGUGUUGAUUCAUUUGAUUAGUCGACAAACUCUUGAAGAGGAUCGAUGGGGAGGGAAAUUCUUAAGAGAAGAGUAGAAAACAAGCACAUAUAAAAAGAUUUAUAAAUAAUGCAUUCCUAUUGAGGCACAAAGGCCAUUAGAAAAAAUAAGGUUUCUAUAGAGACUAAAAACAAACAAAAAAACAAUCUAGCUUUCUGCAACUUUGUGACGUGAAAGCAAUACUAUGAUGACAAUCUUAGUGGAACCAUGUUUACAUUAAGGGGGAUUUUCUUUGUUGGUGAAACAAGCCAGUUUGUUCCUGGAUUCAGGAAGUAGUGCUGUCGUUUGGACAAACCUGGUUGCUUUGCAGUUACCACAGAGUGGCUUCAACAUCCAAGCUGCGCCAUACGUUGAUUUGUUUAAUAUCAAGUCGCUCCAGAUGGUAGAAGGAACAACCGCUUUGUCAGAUGGCAGCACGGUCGCUUACGUUCCUUAAAGCGAUAAAUCUGAUACUUUAAAGUAGGGUUUUCUGGAACGGUUAAAAAUAUCUUACCUGUUGUAGAUGCCUCUUGGGAUGAGCUCAGUUUGGAGAAACAGAAGUUUUAUUCUAAACAAAUUGACGAGUUAGCGGUUAUUUUGAACUUAAGAUCAAAUUAAAUUGCUGUCAUCCUA